CUCAUCCUUUUCCAUACUAGCACCAUGAUUGGCUGAGCCAGGGCCACAUUAGCAGCUGUGAUUGGCUGAGACUGGUCCAAUCAUUACGCUUCAUCCACAGUGAGCUUUAGCAGCGGAGAACACGGGCCGACUUCCUGUCUGAACAUUGCGGUGCAGCCUGGUUUUUCUGCCCCACACCUGGCCUGCCCGCCCGCUGACAUCAGUGUACCUGAGGAUCUGCCUGCCCCCCCCCCCUCCCCAGAUGUAGAGGGAGUCCUCCUCUGCAGCAGCCGUGAACACAACCCCGUCAGUGACGUUCCACCAUGCGUGAAUACAAGCUCGUGGUGCUGGGUUCAGGAGGCGUGGGAAAAUCUGCACUGACAGUCCAGUUCGUGCAAGGCAUUUUUGUGGAGAAGUACGACCCCACAAUAGAAGACUCAUACAGAAAGCAGGUGGAGGUGGACGGGCAGCAGUGCAUGCUGGAGAUCCUGGACACGGCCGGAACAGAGCAGUUCACGGCAAUGCGGGACCUGUACAUGAAGAACGGUCAGGGCUUCGCUCUGGUUUAUUCCAUCACCGCUCAGUCCACCUUCAACGACCUGCAGGACCUGAGAGAGCAGAUCCUCCGGGUGAAGGACACCGAGGACGUCCCGAUGAUCCUGGUGGGCAACAAGUGUGACCUGGAGGACGAGCGGGUGGUGGGGAAAGAGCAGGGGCAGAACCUGGCCCGGCAGUGGAGCAACUGUGCCUUUUUAGAGACUUCAGCCAAAUCAAAGAUCAACGUUAAUGAGAUUUUCUAUGACCUGGUGAGGCAGAUCAACAGGAAAACGCCGAUGGAAAAGAAGAAGACAAAAAAGAAGUCGAAUUGCACGCUGCUGUAAAAACCUGCUGCAGCUCAGGCAGAGCGGUGUAGCGACGGACGGUUCGCCCGGUGGAGACCCUUCUUCACCUCUCAACCACGGCAGGAGACGGCACAUACUCUCAGAUUCUCUUCUCUGCUUCGUGAAGAAAUCCACCUUUUAGUUUUACUGUCGUCCCGAUGGCGGCUUUUUACCUGUUCUUCUCCGAGGUGUCUUUCUUUAGUGUACACGAAGAGCGCGUCGGUUUGAAUCCUAAAUGUUUUACAGUAACCUCCAUCGUGUUGUGCGUCGCAGACGGAGACCCUGCACUAACAGCGGACCUCCAGUCCGGCCGUAACAUCUUUCCUAAGUGACUUUGUUUUUUAUCGAGAGCUGCAAGCCUUCCACGCUCCCCGUAAUAUAUUCUACUUCCAUUUUUGCAUAAUAAUACAGCUAAGGAAAUUAGUAUUUUAUAGACUGAAGGGGGGGUGGUGAUUUGUGUCUUGAGGCUGAAAUAUAUUGUACUAAACCGACUCUAAUAUCGCUGUCACAGAUGAUUUUCCAGCUUUUAUGAAUGAUUAAAUUUUAGUACAUUUUCAUUA